ACGUCACUGGCGCGGAACUCGUCGCAGCUCGUGUUUGAUUCCGAUCGGACGCUUUUGAUUCGGUUUACGGAAGUUGCGGUUCAUUAUUUAGUAAUUCACCGGAUUCGAAUCGGGUUCCGUGCUCGGUGUCAGAGUGCAGAAUGCGGCUGACAUGUCUGCUGUUCGCUGGCUGUGUUCUGUGCAGUGUCUCGGUCACGGCGGCGAUAGAGCCGAUCAGUACCAGCAUCGCGGUCGGGAUGGCAGCGGCUCUCACCGGAUUCCUGGCCCGCUAUCAGAACGUGUUCUACUACUUCCAGGAGUGCUGCAGACCGGAGUGGAUCUCAUACAACCAAACAGGACUGAAGAAUGACCUCAACACGAAGCUGUACGGGCAGCAUGUCGCUGCUGAGGUCAUCAUCAAAGCCGUCACGGGCUUCAUGAACAACAAAACCCCAAAGAAACCGCUGGUUCUGUCCCUCCACGGCUGGACGGGGACCGGGAAGAACUUCGUGAGCCAACUCAUAGCAGAAAAUAUUUACGAGAAAGGCAUGACGAGCAACUUCGUUCAUCUGUUUACAGCGACGGCACACUUUCCCCAUGAGGCUCACAUCGACUCGUACAAGACCCAGUUACAGGAGUGGAUACGAGGGAAUGUUUCCAUCUGCCCGCGUUCAAUGUUCAUCUUCGAUGAAAUGGAUAAAAUGCAUCCCGGGCUGAUCGACAGUAUUAAACCUUACCUGGACUUCUAUGACAACCUGAACGGAGUGUCGUACAGACAGGCCAUCUUCAUCUUCCUCAGCAAUGCCGGGGGUGAGAACAUCGUCCAGGUGGCUCUGGAUUUCUGGAGGGAUGCUAGAGAACGAGAGGAGAUCCAGCUGAAGGAUCUAGAGACGGCACUUUCACUGUCAGUCUUCAACAACAAAAACAGUGGUUUCUGGCACACUAGUUUAAUCGAUAAGAACCUGGUGGAUUUCUUCGUGCCGUUCCUUCCUCUGGAGUACAAGCACAUCAUUCAGUGCGGCUUGGCUGAGAUGGUCACCAAGGGUCACGUCCCAGAUAAAGAAGUGGUUGAAACCAUGGCCCGCGACCUGAACUACUUCCCUAAAGAGGAGCGUGUGUUCUCCAUGCAGGGCUGCAAGGUUAUUCCCAGCAGACUGGACUUCUAUAUUUGAUCCGAGAGCGCAAAAAACAAAGACUCAAAGACAGCAAACCUGUGAUCUACUGUGUGCUUUAUUCCACAGAACUGCAAUCGAAGGAAUUGCAGAUUUGCUCCUGAGACUGAAUGACAUGCUAGGAGGUUUUUUACUCAAUCACAGUUGUUUUAAACAAUAAUGGAGACUGUUUUAUUCAUGUCUGAUCAGCUGCUGGAGUCCUUGUUCUCAAGGGCGUUUCUGUUGAUGGGGUUAUUAAAUGACUUUGCACAUUGUGGAGCUCCUAAAAAAAAUGUCUGUUGGCGAUUUUAUAAAGAUCUGUAUUAAUGAUAGUGAUGGGAAAAGCUAAUUUGCCUUUAUCUUGAAAUAUCAGAUACAUUUCUACCUUUUUUUUUUUUUUUUAAAUGUCAGGGUUAAUUGCGAAUGAAGAACUUGAAUCUAAUUUUGACCAAUGAAAGUUUUUCCAAUGCAUCACUGUCAGGAUGUUGUCGAUAUGUGCUUCCGGUUCUGAUCGAAGCUUUUGUUGAGUAAGUCAAAAAGAGUUCAGAAUACAGCCGAUGAACAUUUAUUCAUUAUUUUGCAUUAUCUAAUGAUCUUGUUCAAACAUGUUUUCAGAUUUGAGACAUUCAUGAAACUAUGAUUUUGAGAUGCGCCAAGAUAAAAUACUUGAAGGAUGAUGAUUUUGAUAAAGCUUUAUAAUCUAAACAGA